AUGUCUUGUUCCUCCUCCUCUCCGUCACCGUUACCUUCCGUCACGAAACUUCAAGUCGAUUCCGUUACUUUUCCACCUUCCGUUAACUCACCGGCUUCCUCUAACCCUCUCUUCCUCGGUGGCGCAGGUGUUCGCGGGUUAGAUAUCCAUGGAAAAUUCAUAGUUUUCACCGUCAUCGGAGUUUACCUAGAUGCUAACGCCGUUCCCUCACUCUCCGUUAAGUGGAAAGGCAAAACUGCAGAGGAGUUAACGGAAUCCGUCCCUUUCUUCCGUGAAAUCGUCACAGGUGGGUUUGAGAAAUUUAUAAGGGUGACUAUGAAAUUGCCGUUAACCGGACAACAAUAUUCGGAGAAAGUAACGGAGAAUUGUGUGGCUAUUUGGAAAUCGUUAGGGAUUUAUACAGAGUGUGAGGCCAAAGCUGUGGAGAGAUUUUUGGAAGUCUUCAAAGACCAAAACUUCCCUCCUGGUUCUUCCAUUCUCUUAGCUCUUUCUCCUAAUGGCUCUCUCACGAUUGCGUUUUCGAAAGACGAUAGCAUUCCUGAAAGCGGAAAAGCUGUCAUCGAGAAUAAGUUGUUGGCAGAGGCAGUUCUUGAAUCAAUCGUUGGGAAGAAAGGUGUGUCUCCUGGGGCUAGGCUGAGUCUUGCAAAGAGAUUAGGUCAGCUGAUGAAGAACAAUAAGAUCGAAGAAGAGGAAACAAAGAUUGAUCAAGAUGAAGCUAUAGAUAUCUCUGUUGGGGAUAAAUUGGCCAAUGAGAACUGA